GGCGGCCGCCGCCAUGAUGCUUGUUUGCUUUCAAUGAAAACGAGGGGGGCGCAGAGGAGGAGGAGGCGGCGGCGUCGGUGGCGGCGGCGUCGGCUGCGCGAAGGCGAAGGCAGCAGUGGGUGCAGCGAGGAGGGCGAGGCCGGAGGCCGAGAGGCCGGGAGGCCGUAGUGGCGGCCCAUCGAGGCGGCUGAAGCGGGCGGCUGACGCGGUGGAUCUCGGAGGGAGAACAAAGAGCGGCGGCUGAGGCGGCAGAGGAGCGGCGACGGCGGCGCUGCAGCAGCGGGCGGGACUGGUAUGGUGGUUCCACAGGUCAGACCCCGCUGCACUCACAGGGAGGAGGCGGCGGCAGCGGCGGAGGAAGGCGGCGCACCCCAAGAGGCAUGCCCAAAGAAAAAUAUGAGCCCCCUGACCCUCGGAGGAUGUACACAAUUAUGUCCUCUGAGGAAGCAGCAAAUGGAAAGAAAUCACAUUGGGUGGAGCUUGAAAUAAGUGGAAAAGUAAGAAGCUUAAGCUCAUCUUUGUGGUCACUAACUCACUUGACAGCUUUGUAUCUAAGUGACAAUUCCCUGUCCCGCAUUCCUUCAGACAUUGCCAAGCUUCACAAUCUGGUGUAUCUGGACCUGUCCUCUAAUAAAAUCCGGAGUUUACCGGCAGAACUCGGAAACAUGGUAUCACUCAGGGAACUCCAUUUAAAUAACAACCUGUUACGAGUUCUACCUUUUGAGCUGGGAAAACUGUUUCAGUUGCAGACUUUAGGCCUGAAAGGAAAUCCACUUACCCAGGAUAUAUUGAACCUCUAUCUGGAACCAGAUGGAACAAGAAGGCUACUGAACUAUUUGCUUGAUAAUUUGGCAGUUUCAACAGAACAACCACCUCCAAGAUCUUGGAUUAUGUUACAAGAACCAGACAGAACACGGCCAACUGCCUUGUUUUCUGUCAUGUGCUAUAAUGUUCUUUGUGAUAAAUAUGCGACCCGGCAGUUAUAUGGCUACUGUCCAUCAUGGGCACUAAAUUGGGACUACAGGAAAAAGGCCAUUAUUCAAGAAAUCUUGAGUUGCAAUGCUGAUGUCAUAAGUCUUCAGGAGGUUGAAACAGAACAGUAUUACAGUUUUUUUCUGGUAGAACUGAAAGAACGUGGCUAUAAUGGAUUCUUUAGUCCUAAAUCUAGAGCUAGGACAAUGUUGGAACAAGAAAGAAAACAUGUUGAUGGCUGUGCAAUAUUCUUUAAGACAGAAAAAUUUACUUUGGUUCAGAAACACACUGUUGAAUUUAAUCAGCUAGCAAUGGCAAAUUCAGAAGGGUCUGAAGCUAUGCUGAACAGAGUCAUGACAAAAGAUAACAUUGGAGUUGCUGUACUGCUAGAACUUCGAAAGGAAUUGAUUGAAAUGUCAUCUGGAAAGCCACAUCUUGGAACAGAAAAACAACUUAUUCUUGUGGCUAAUGCUCAUAUGCACUGGGACCCUGAAUACUCUGAUGUGAAGUUGGUUCAAACAAUGAUGUUCCUCUCAGAAGUGAAGAACAUCAUUGAUAAAGCCUCGAGAAGCCUCCAGUCCAGUGCAUUGGGAGAAUUUGGAACUAUUCCACUGGUGUUGUGUGCAGAUCUUAAUUCUUUGCCGGACUCUGGUGUUGUGGAAUAUUUGAGCACUGGUGGAGUAGAAACAAAUCAUAAAGACUUUAAGGAACUGAGAUAUAAUGAAAGUCUUACAAAAUUCAGCUGUAAUGGGAAAAAUGGGACAACCAAUGGAAGGAUCACUCAUGGUUUCAAGUUGAAGAGUGCCUAUGAGAGUGGCCUGAUGCCUUACACAAAUUACACGUUUGAUUUUAAGGGUGUAAUUGACUACAUCUUCUAUUCUAAACCUCAGCUGAACACUUUAGGCAUCCUGGGACCUCUGGACCACCACUGGCUAGCUGAGAACCACAUCAGCGGCUGCCCACACCCACUCAUCCCCUCUGACCACUUCUCACUUUUUGCACAACUGGAGCUCUUACUGCCUUUCCUGCCCCAAGUUAACGGCAUUCACCUUCCUGGCAGGAGGUAGUCAAGUACCUUCAGAGGAUGACCUCAGUUUCACUCAUAAACUCGUAAAAAAUCUGAAUAUAGAGGAGUGAGGUAUGGCCACUAGGGAUUUUUUUUUUUCUUAAUGAUAAUUUGAGUUUUCAAUCUGAUUAUUUGAUAAGGAUAUAGUAUGAAAGCCAGGUGCUAGCAAACAGACAAAUUCUGAGCCCGAUAUGCUUUAUAUACUGUUAGACAGGGACUGGUGUGUUUGCACCUAUCUUUAAUUUGUUACAAGUAAUUUUCCUGUUUCUUCUAUCCAAUAUAAUAUUUUCAUGCCUUGAAAUAGGAAAAUGUUUGAACAGCAUAUUCUCUUUGCACAGAAAUCUGUAGCACUACUUUUUUGAGGCCAGUAAUAACAUCCAGAGAUCAUUCUUCCAUACUUUACUCCCUCCUUUUUCAGACUUGUUUGUAAAAUAUAGAAUUUAAAUUUAGCCUUUAUGAUUGUAUAUGAUCCAUAGAAGACCUGAUUUAUGAAAUUUUGUACUAAAAAAAUCAGAUUUGGAAAUGAUUGUAUUGUAAUCUAAGGCUAAGUUUUUUUUACCUGUUUCAUGUGUUAUAAAGGCCAGCUUGUAAAAGAAGUUGCAACAGACUUUCUCUGCUGAUGAUUUGCACUGUUAGGGUUUUGUUAGCCCUUUUGUACUACUUUGUUUUUAAAUUGAGAACAUUGCUCUUUAAAUCUAAAUCUGUUUAAAGUUUAGGACAUUUUCUUGGACCAGAGGCAACUUAACCAUGAAUUCCUGGGUUUUUACAAAAAACUAUCUACCAGGACAGAUAAGCUGAGCAGUGAAUGAUCUGUAGGCAUUAUGGACUGAAUGUAAUGGCUGAUAUAUGUACAUUCUGAUAUUUUUAAAUCCUCAGCUUUUUUAAGUUACAGAAUUACAGCUGCUUAGGGACAGCUUCUUAACUCCUUUUUGAGACAUUUCCUGUCCUAUCUCCACUGUGCCUGCCUGAGUUUGUUCUCACCAAGCACUGCCUGUGCAUGCAGAGAAAAUCUGUGCAUCCUCUUUUAUAUUUUUAAAUACUGUUUAACAUUUGUCAGAGUUUUAUGAAAAUGCUUUUGUAUGGGCUGUGGCUUUUUUUCCAUUGUGAAGCAUUGAAUAUCACAUUUUGGAACAUGUUCAUAGGGUGGGUCCCUGGGUCUUUACUCACCAGACCCAAGCACUGCUUCUUGGUGUCAUUGCACAGUGCUGUUCAUCACCCAGAGUACUACUAUCAUGUGAAUUCUUUUUGUUUUCCAUGUAUUCCUUAGUUUCCUUGUUUUUUAGAAAUCAUUCCUUUAAAAAAAAGUAAUUUUCCGUUUAUGAAGCAGUAUAAAAUAAAUGAGAUGUACUUUCAAAACAGGUCCCUAAGACAAUACUUCAGAUCAUUUUAAAAGUGACUAAGUCAUUUUAACAUGUCAACCAAGAUAAAAGUUAUAUUAUACCUUGUAUUUUGCCCAUAGUGCUGUUAGUAGAGAUUAAAGCCAGCUUUAACUUUGCAAAGUUAACUCCUAUAUGUUCUGUUCUCAUUCAUUCAUUCUCUCAAAAAAAAUCAAAUGAAUUCACAGGGAACUUGGUCUAACUGCUUUUGUUUCAACUGCAGGCAGGGGAGCAAAAGGACACCAUGUAUGUGAGCAUUAAGAAAAGAAAUUGUUGAAUGUUAAUAACAGUUUUUAUACAGAGAGUGAGUCAUUUUGGAUAAUGACUUAAAAUUUUAUGAAAAAUGUUUAGCACUUAAAUGUGCUUAUUCUGUUUUUAAGAGAAAAUAAAAUCACAUACUGUUUAAGUAAAUGAUUCUUUUUUUUUUUUUUUUCUUUUUCUUUAAAAAAAAGAAAAAAUUCUCCAAAAGGUUUUGAUCUUGAAUCUUUGUCUGGGACCUGGUUUUUCCUUUGAAGGUUUUUGUUUUUGUUUUUGUUUUUUUUUUAACAUUUUGUUGUGGUGGUUUUUUAUUUUUUGCUUUUUGUUUUAAGUCGUGCUGGCACCGAACACAUCCAGUCUAUAGUCAGUACAUUGGAAAGUUGGUAUUACUGAUAUAGAACCAAUGCAUAACUUUUAUGGGGUUUCUUUUUGGGUUUUUUGUUUUGUUUGUAAAGUGUGAAUAAAAGGUGUGUUUACUCAUUUAUCCUAAACACUGUGUUAGUAAUGUGCAUCAUGACAAUUUCCAGCAAGGGCAAGCUGGAGCUGGUUGGACUGAUGAGAUGAAGGAAACUGCUUUUCCUAUGAUCUGCAUUAUGUAAUAACAGGUCCAGAGAGCUUUAUGGAAGGGGAAGGGGAGAAGCACUUACUCUGUUUAUGGAGGAUAUAUUCUUUUCAUAGAUGCUGGAACUAGAGUGCACUUGUUAGAUGCUAAAGGUUUGAGCUUUACACAAAAUGUUUUCAUCUGUGUUUGUUAUUGUCUACAAAAUAUUUGAAUUUGGUGGCAACAUAGUAAGAUAUAAUGGCCUGUUACGUCUUGAAAAUAGUUGUUCUUGCCUCUUCUAGGCAGACUGCAUUCUGUGGCAGACUACCUUCUGUGGGUCAGUUUGAACAGCUUCUCCACCUUAUUAGAUAGUGAUAAAUUGAACCAAGAGUGUAGAUUUACAAUUGUAACCUUUAAAAGAGAGAAAAAUAUUUUAAGUCUAUAGGGAAUAAAAUGGUCACACCAAAAUAGACUGUUAAGCAAGCAUUUGUGUUUUAAAUAUUUUCUGUGUCCUGAAUAAUUUCCAAUAAUCCAUACUCCCUAAAAUGCAAUAAAAACUAGUAUGUUUUCACAGUAUAGGUUUUCUUCAAAAAUUCUGUAACAAAUACAUUUAAUGUGGUGUUGCCAUAAUGUAAUUUCAGUAUUCUUUCUGGAUAAAUCCAUUUUAUGAAUGUUUUACAGAAAAUUUGGGGUAUAUUUUCUGUUUUUAAUGAUCAGAAAUUUAGAGGCGAUCAGUUCCUUGUAAAUCUCUUGAAGUACAGUUUACUGUAUUAGUGAUAAUUAUUUAUGCUUUAAGAAUUUAAACAAUGUUCAUCAAAAUUAAUUUAUGGCAUAAUUUAAACUAAAGUUGUAGAAAUAAAUUGUUGAUUGCAACUUUAAUAGUCCUAGAAGAUAGGCAGGGAACAUCUCCAAGAAAUGUGCUUUUAUUUUUACUUGAUUUGGUGACAGCCAGGAAAACUUAUUUUGAGUUAGCACUUUGAAACCUAAGGACAUUAUUAAAUUGGGUGGAAUGCACUUCUAAAUGUUGAAAUUAAAAUUUCAAAGCUCUUAAAAGAUUUCUGGUUUUCAAUAAUAAAUUCCAAUUUUAGUAUUCCACUUUUUACUAUUUAAACUUAUGGAAUUAGUUUCCAUAGUGACUUUUAAGGUUUUGGGGUCAUGCUAUAUAAGUAUAAAAGCCAACCUAAGCAAAACAGUUAUAGCAAUUUGCUCUUUUAAUGAACCAAUAAGAGUACCCAGUACAAAUGCUGCAGAUAAUUCAAAGAAAACCUUUAGCACGUGUUUCUCCCCUACUUGUAAACAGUAUUUUGAGAUGUUCACUUUGCUCUUCUUUUUGGUUACAUAAAUUUUAGUAACCAGUAUGUUGAAGUAGUGUUUAAAAUAGACUAUCUAGUCUUUAUUUACAGUACAUUAAAUUGUGUAAUGCACUGGACUAAGUUUUGUUUACCAUUCAUGUAACAAAACCCAGCACAUUAUCUGCACUAAGCUCAAAGAAUGUCCCAUUUGCCUAGGCAGCUCUUUGAUAAGGGUAGUGGGAAACUGAAUAUGACCUAUGGACUGGUGGUAACAAGGGCUUUUACUCUUCUUUUCAGUGGAACCUUCUUGGUCAAAUUGUAACUAGCUAGUAUUAUAUUUAUAUACAGGGUCUCUUUUCUUUACCGAUGUAUUUUCCUACUCAUAGUCAACCAAUAAAUUCAAUUAUCUGUUUCAAAUAUUUUUAAAGUGUAACUUGUAUAGCUGUAGUAUUGAGGUUUGAGAAAAUAUGUGUUAAUCAGCAGACCACCUAUUUAAAAUUCUGAGUCAUCUGGGACAGGGUUAUAACUCACCCUUUGAAAGGGAAGAGUGAAUGGGGACAGUGCCAUGAUAUAGGGAGAUGGUGCAAACUUAAGGAUCUCCUUAUUGGCUGUGUUAUUCUGCAUAACACUCAUAUGUUUGCCAAAGUUCAAUUUUAUAUUUAGGCAACUGAUGAUCCUUUUGUAUUUGGGAAUUUUGUUGUUGUUACCAUAUACCUCAUAGUAUAAGAAAUGGGCUCAUGUGUCUUUCAUCCUUUGGAAGGAGGUUGACAUAUUUUGAAUAAAUGCUUUUAAUACAGUAGCAAACAUUGUAUUGGUGGGGUUAUAUUAAUUCAUUAAAUGUUUUAAUUGUUACAUGUAUAGUUUGUUGUAUAUAUAAACUUUAAAAUUGUCUGACUUCCCAACUCUUCAGAGCAUUGAGUCCAUUUUUAGAAACUACUUCUUUAACAAAUACAUGUAAAUUUUUAUAUAGAUGCUGGGGAAAAAAUCCUUUAAAAUCACAGCACAAUUAGAUAAAAUGAAUGUUUGCUGAGAUGUCCAGUUUUUAAAGUAGGCAUUUUCUACCUAAUCCUUAAUAUAUAAUUUUAUCUCUAUAA